AGGCCCAGAGGGUGUAGGGAGAGCAGGUGGUUCAGGGCCCAGCCGGGAAGGAGCGCUGGGGCUCUCGGUGAGCAGUGAGUCCAGCCAGACCAGCCUCCAGGCAGGGCUCCUGUAAGCCUGGGGUAACCUGUCGACCUUCCUUCCAGGCCUGGGGCCGCGCUGGCCACUGCCAUGCCCUCUGAGCCCCCCGCAGGGCCCUCGGCCGCGACAGUCCCCAAUGCCACAGCAGAGGUGACCAACAUGAGCAUGCCAGAGACGCCCCUGUUCCACCUGUUUGCCCACAUGGACGAGGAGCUGCACGCCACCUUCCCAGGCCUGUGGCUGGCGCUGAUGGCGGUGCAUGGCGUCAUCUUCCUGGUAGGCCUGGUGCUCAACGGGCUGGCACUGUAUGUCUUCUGCUGCCGCACCCAGGCCAAGACACCAUCGGUCAUCUACACCAUCAACCUGGUGGUGACCGACCUGCUGGUGGGCCUGUCCCUGCCCAUGCGCUUCGCUGUCUUCUACGGCACGCAGGGCUGCCUGCCAUGCGCCUUCCCGCCCGUCUUCGGCUACUUCCUCAACAUGCACUGCUCCAUCCUCUUCCUCACCUGCAUCUGCGUGGACCGCUACCUGGCCAUCGUGCGGCCUGACGGGUCCCGCCGCUGGCGGCAGCCCGCCUGCGCCAGGGCCGUGUGCGCCUGCGUGUGGCUGGCCGCCGGUGCCGUGACCCUGUCCGUGCUGACGGCGGGCAGCGGGCCCUGCUGCCGCGUCUUCGCGCUGACCAUCCUGGAGUUCCUGCUGCCCCUGCUGGUCAUCAGCGUGUUCACGGGCCGCAUUGUGUGCGCACUGUCGCGACCCGGCCUGCUGAGCCAGGGCCGCCAGCGCCGUGUGCGGGCCAUGCAGCUGCUGCUCACUGUGCUCGUCAUCUUCCUCAUCUGCUUCACGCCCUUCCACGCCCGCCAAGUGGCUGUGGCGCUGUGGCCCAAAGUGCCUCGCCGCACCAGUCUCGUGGUCUACCACGUGGCCGUGACCCUCAGCAGCCUCAACAGCUGCAUGGACCCCAUCGUCUACUGCUUUGUCACCAGCAGCUUCCAAGCCACGGUCCGCGGCCUCUUCCAGCGGCACACGGCAGAGCGGGAGCCCGGCGGCAGCGCGGCCGGCAUGCACAAAAGCUCCAAGGGCUCUGGCCUCCCGCUCGGCCUCUGCACUGGCCCUCGCACCCUCACCCAGGCCUAGGCUAAAGGGCCUGAGGCUCAGUCAGCAGGACCCUGCAAAGGGGUCAAAGGUCAGGAAUGGGCUAGGCAUGCCAGGUCAAGGACAGCAUAGACAUCUGCUUUGCCCCUAUGGCAAAUCAGAUUCCCACUGAUCAACUGGUGCUGGCUGCCCGGUGCGCUCCACGGGGAAAGACUCUCAGGCCGCUGAACUCGGGCUGAUUCGCAGUGUCGGCCGUGAGCUCCAGGCUGGGUGGGUGGGCUGGAUGCUGAGUGUCUGCCAUCCCUAGGGUGUAGACUGUGGCUGCUGGACACUCAGAGGGGCAGCCAGGAGGCGCUCCCCACCCCCCACCCCCAGGCCUUUCUGCCCCCCAAAGGGCUUCCUAAGGAACAGGGAUGAAUUUUUUACCGGUAAAGAAAGUUUAAAAGACAACCUAAGGAGGUCCCCUCCUCUGCCCUCCGCCUCGCUCCCC